GCGGAACUCUGUCACUGCAUGCACACCGCGCUUGAGCUCACGUUGUGUCUCCCACUCUCUUGCACUCCACUUUCGCGGCUCACCAGCAAGUGGCUGAAUAAGUAUGAGUUACUCCAGUGAUAUGUAUAGCAGCAGUUCCUAUCGGAAGAUUUUCGGCGAUGCUCCUCGUGCCGGCCGUGCAGGGAUGGGCAGCAGCAGCAGCCCGUCCCGCGUGCACUCCUCGGGGUACCGCAGCCGCAUCUACGGCGCCCCCACGGUUAUCUCAUCCAGCAGCUACCGCAGGACCGCCGCACCCGGUCGCGUCUUCUCCUCCUCCGUGCAGGACUCCAUGAUGGACCUCAGCCAGUCCACAGCGGUCACUAAUGAGCUUAAGAUCGUCCGAACGAACGAGAAGGAACAACUGCAGGGGCUCAACGACCGCUUCGUGUCCUUCAUUGAGAAGGUGCACAACCUGGAGCAACAGAACAAAGUUCUCGAGGCGGAGGUGACGUUGCUGCGGCAACGCCACAACGAGCCAUCGCGCCUCCACGAGCUCUACGAGCAGGAGAUCCGCGAGCUCCGCGCGCGCGUCGAGGAGCUGACCCACGAGAAGAGCCAGAUGCACCUGGACUGCGUGCAGAUGAAUGAGGCUCUCGAGCGCCUGCGGGAGAAGCUCGAGGAAGAGACCCGGCUGCGGGAGGAGGCGGAGAACACCUUGAAGGGCUACCGCAAGGACGUGGACGACGCCACCUUGGCGCGCCUGGAGCUCGAGAAGAAAGUGGAGUCACUCCUGGAUGAGAUCGCCUUCCUCAGGAAAGUUCAUGAGGAGGAGCUGCAAGACAUGCAGUCAUCCCUGCAGGCCACGCAGGUGUCAGUGGAGAUGGACAUGAGCAAACCGGACCUGGCGGCAGCCCUGAAGGACAUCAGGGCCCAAUAUGAGAACCUGUCAUGCAGGAACCAGGCCCAGGCAGAGGAAUGGUAUCGUUCCAAGUUUGCAACGGUGACCGAGGCCGCUGCUCGCAACCAGGAUGCCAUCAAGCACUCCAAGGAGGAGCUGACCGAGUACCGCAGGCAGGUGCAAGCCCGCACCCUGGAGAUUGAGGCCCUUAGGGGCCACAAUGAGGCCCUGGAGCGGCAGAUUGCUGAGAUGGAGGAUCGCCAUAACAAUGAAAUUGGUGACAUGCAGGACACCAUCCAGCAGCUGGAGGCUGCACUGCGCAGCACCAAAGGAGAAAUGUCCCGUCACCUGCGGGAAUAUCAGGAUCUGCUCAAUGUCAAAAUGGCACUUGACAUUGAAAUAGCUGCUUACAGGAAACUGCUGGAAGGCGAGGAGUGCCGCCUCAGCUCCGUCGGUGGUGCCAUGGUGCAGUCCGGCUACCCCGGCCUCUCCUAUAUGUCUUCCUCCCGCACCUACUCCCUGGGAAGCUACAGGAAGUCCAAGCCAGAGGAAGAAGAAGAGGAGGGAGAAGAAGAGGACAAGGAGGAUGAGGACGAGGAGAACGAGGAAGAGGGAGAGGAUGAAGAUGAGGGAGAUGACCAGGAGUCAGGUGAUGCUGAGCAGGAGGAGAAGCCAAAAGAGAAGGAUGAGAAAGAGAAGAAGAAGGAGAGCCCCGCUGAGAAGACCAGCAAGCACUAAACUCCUUGUGUAGUUUUGCCAUCAUCAACAUCAUUUGUCAUUGUUCCUGCUUAUAAGAUAUAGUGACCACACUUACACUUACACACACACACACACAGGCACACACGCACACACGUGUAGGGGUUUGAUACUUGUCAAAGAUGAUUUUCUCUAUGAAAGCAACAAAUGUGCCAAUCAUGAUCAAGAAGAAUAAUCAGACCCUGAAAAUAACAAACUGCACAUACUAGCAAGGCUUCAAGACAAAAUGCACAAAGUAUGACACAAACAGCCAGUCCAACUUUUCCGGUGCUAUUCAAUUUUGUCAGAUAAAUGUUGGCUGACAUUCUUUUUGGAAAUCAUAACAGCACCAGCUCACUGCGUAACAUCAGCUUGUCAUCCGAGGCUGUAAAGCAGAAUGAAUUGCUUCCGUUUGAGUCCAACCUUGUGUGUUCCACAGUGUGUGAAUAAUCUUCUUCCCUGUCAUCAGUGUCCCAUCCUCAUCACAUUCUAUCCCAAGAAAAAAAAAGUCAGCAUUCACCAUUUUUAUUUUUGCACUGCAAUGUCAAAACGCAGCAAUAAUUGCAACACAUGAAGUAUACGUAGAUGCAAGUGUUGGCGCAAUGUUUUUAUUUGCUCGAAUGAAGAAACUGAUAAUGCUGAGCUCUUUCUGUGUGUGCAUAUUACAAGACGAAACUGGCCAAAAGUGCAUACGAUUUAUCAGGAUGUUAUUUUGAUUCAUUUAUUUGCUUCCUUCACUUUUCUUUCCUUGUCAAACCAACAUGGCCGUAUUUUUGUUGAAUGUGGUAGGCAGCUGACAGUGACACUGACAGCCCUCCACCCAGACUGCAAGUGGCAGAUGGCUCAUGGUUCUAUGGUAGCACAAGGGCUAUUUUCAUCUCAGCCCCAUAUUGUUAUACUACUUUUUGUUUUACUCCUAAGUCUUUGUAACGGCACCGUCCAUCAUGUUCUACACCCUCACCCUACGUUCUCCUUGACAAAUGAAUGAAAUUAUAGGCACAAAUGCAUGGCCUGACUCUCAGAGCUUGAAUCCUGUACUCGUGGUUGGAAAUCAUGAUUUGCUUGUUGUGUGUUCAAUUCAACUUGCCUUAACCAAACAUUGAAACGCUAAAAUACGACACCUCCUACCCGCGUCAUACCAAAUGCUGGGAUAGAUAGCAGAGGAGUAUAGAUACUUCCCCAAUUGACCUGUUAGGAUAUAACAGUGACUGUACAUGCUGCUAGCUUAUGCAGUUUAAUUUCUCUCAAAGCCAAAUAAAGUCAUUUAUUAUCCAA